AUGCUCUCACCCACUUCCCGUCGAGGAGCUCUCAUCGUAUUCGAAGGAGGUGAUCGCUCAGGCAAAUCAACUCAGGCUGCCACCUGUCGCGACAAACUCAUAAAGUGUGGACACCACGCUGUAUUAUUACGAUAUCCUGAUCGAACUACACCAACAGGACAAAUCAUUGAUCGCUACUUGAAGAGAGAAAUUGAAUUAGACGAUCGGGCCGUGCAUCUGCUGUUUAGUGCUAAUCGCUGGGAGAGCAUGAAAUCAAUGAGAGAAACACUGGCAUCGGGCACAACGAUACUAUCAGACCGAUAUGCAUACUCUGGUGUUGCUUAUUCUGCUGCAAAGGGUCUGAACUUACAAUGGUGCAAAUCCCCAGAUCAAGGCCUCAUAGCACCUGACGCAGUCAUCUACCUGGAAGUGCCGACUGAAACAGCUGCAAGUCGGGGCGAUUUCGGGAAUGAGAGAUACGAGACAAUGGAUUUACAAGGGCGUGUUCGUGUCAUGUUUGAGAAUUUAAAGGAACCAAGUUGGAAGAUAUUGGACGCUCAUAAACCUAUAGACGCUCUCGCAGAACAAGUACAGGCAAUCGUAUCUGAGACCAUGGAACGAGUGGCUGAUGAACCGAUACAUGAGGACUUGUGGCUUUAG